UUUAUUCACACGUAUCGAUCAAAAUUUUCCAAGCAGAUUAGGGUAGAUUUAACAAAUCUUAUGAACUUCACUUUGCUACUGAAUAAGAUUAUUCAGCUUCGUAAAAUCAUUCAUGCCUUUACAUUGUUAUCUGGGCUGAACAUUGUCCUUGAAAGGACAGGUAUUAUGAAAAUAAACGUCGAUUCCGCGCUCCGCCCCUCUUCUACCAAUCACGAGCAGCAAAGGAAACUGCUAAACGGUAUAAAAUGGACAACCAUUUAGAAACUGGCUACGAACAUAAUUGUACAGAAACUAGCUUUGGGUUUGAUGUUUUUACUUUUCAAACAUAUCACACUUGCCGGAUUUAUUCUACUUCUAUGCCUAUGGAUUGAAGUGUUCUCUUUGCCAAUAACUACAGGAGAGCACAAAAGAAGAUAUGCGGUUAUUGUCGAUGCGGCGGUUCACGAAUGUUCGUAUACUACUGGAUGACGAAAACAGAGCGGGACGAGCUACCCAAUCUGCAGCUGUUGCUAGAUAAAACUGGACAGCCUGUAGUAAAACGAAUAAACCCCGGAAUAUCCAGCUUCGUGAACAAAUUAAAUGAGCUUUCUGAAUAUCUCAAGAACUUACUGGAUUUGGCUGCUUCUGAAAUUCCACCGACGUCCCAUAAAGAUACUCCACUUUAUAUAUUAGCAACUGCAGGGAUGAGGCUAUUGACUGUGGCAGAACAAGAAACUAUUUGGUCUACAGUUCGAACUUUUAUCAGGUCAAGAUAUGAUUUUAAUUUUCAUGAUGAAAACGCCGCGACAAUUACUGGGGCUCAAGAGGCUCUUUACGGAUGGAUAGCAGUUAAUUAUAUUCUUGAUCGCUUUUCUCCGGAAGCUUCUG